UUCGAUUCACCUUCCCGUCCGUGACCCCCGUCUGGCCCUACCAUGUGUCGCCCCUUGUGUUCACCACACCCAAACCCCAACCACGCCGACGAACCAUCAGGCCAGAGCAGAUCUCGCGUCAUAGGCCGGAGGCCGCCUGGUCGAUCUCCGCUCCGCUGGACGCCUUAGCGCCACCGUCCGCCGAAACUGAGAUUCGGCGGUGCCGCGCGGUUCCUGUCCCGGUCAGCCGCCGAGUUUGUCCACGGGAGAAGCAACAAAACCAAACCAGUUGAGCCUCCGCUCCAGACAGAUAAGAGCAAGAAGAAGGAAGCGGCCAUGGCCCAGGCCAUCGUCCACAGGUCACUUACAAAGCUCAGAUCCGCCAUUGGAGAUGAGAAUAACAUGAUGUGCUCCAAGUUCGACGGUGACCUGCGGGAAAUGGUGGGGGUGCUGGAGGACAUAGAGCCGGUGUUGGAGGACGUCGAGAUUCAGUCGUUAUGGAACAAGGACUCGCGGGAGCGGGUGUGGUUGAGAAGGGUGAGGAACGCCUCCUACGGCAUCUCCGACAUGGUCGACGAGUUGAAGGACACGAGGCCUCCUGGCAAGGUGGCAUGUAUUUCCAUGGUACUCAAAAGGAAGACCAUGUCCAACAAGAUAGAGGAGAUGAAGGGAAAGCUUAGGAUGUUACUACAGCAGGAGUGGCAUCGGGCCUCUGUGCCAGAAUCUACUGGCGUCCAAGUCCAACCACCGUCUCCACCACCACAUCCACUUUCAGAAACUGCUGGUGUUCAACCACUGUAUCAUCCACUGCAACCUCCAUAUCCACUUUCCACACCAUGGUAUACAGCAUUGUGUACACCUCCACCUCCAUUUACAUGGUAUCCACCUCCACCUCCACUUUACACUCCACCUCCAUUUACAUGGUAUCCACCUCCACCUCCACCUCCACUUUACACAACACCUCCAUUUUCACCAGUAUUCAGUCGAGCUCUACCUGUACCCCUGCGACCACUAAAUAGAAUAGUAUGGGGAAGUGACGCGCAUAAGUGGGUUGAUAAAGAGAACAUUGUAGGGAGGGGUGAAAAUAAGCAGAGGAUAAUUGCUACACUAUCUGCCACCGACAUCAUAGAAGGCCCUGUCAUUCUUCCCAUAUUUGGUCUCGCCACAAUAGGGAAGACAACUUUGGCAGCAAUGAUUUUCCAAGAUACUGGGUUCAGAGAAUACAAGCUACGGAUAUGGGUGGAUGUCACUCCAAAAUUUGACUUGCCUAAAAUAGGACAUUAUAUAAUCUCUAAAAUAAAAGAGAUCAACUUAGAAACGGAACACCAGAGAGGCUACGGUAAUCAAGUUUCGGAACAAGAGGCCAGCAAAGGUUCAGAUGGGGCUUCUCAAAUAUCAGAAGAUGAGACCAGCCAAGGUUCAGAUGGGGCUUCUCAAAUAUCAGAAGAUGAGACCAGCGAAGGUUUAGAUGGGGCUUCUCAAGCAUCAGAAGAUGAGAUUAGCAAAGGUUCAGAUGGGACUUCUCGAGUACUACCAGAAGAGAGCAAGGAAGGUUCAUACGAGACUUCCAAUGUAUCAGAAGAAGAGAUCAACAAACGCUCAGACGGGACUUCUCAAGUAACAGAAGAAGAGAUCAACAAAGGUUCAGAUGGGUUUUCUCAAGUACUAGCAGAAGAGAUCAACAAAGGUACAUGUGGGAGUUCUAAAGUAUUAGAGGAUCAAAAGAUCAGCAGUGGUACGGAUGGAAGUUCUCAAUUAUCAGAAGAAAUCACCCAAGGCCAAGGUACAGAUGAGACUUUGGAAGUGAUAGAAAAUGUGAGCCAUGGUUCACAUGUGAUUUCUCAAAUACCAGACGAGGAAAGUAAAGAUGGUUCAGAUGAGACUUCUCAAGUAUCAAAAGAAGAAACCAUUGAGUGCUCAAAUUGGUUAUCUCCAGUAACGGAAGAAGAAAUCCAUCAAGGUUCGGAUGAUAUGGACUACAUAACAAAGCAUCUUCAUGAGCUACUUAAUGGUAUGAAAGUGCUCAUUGUCUUAGAUGGCCUAUGGGAGGAGGAUGCCGAUGAGUUGGAGCGGUUGAAGCGUAUGUUGGGACAAGGUAUUAAAGGGAGUAAGGUGACUGUGAUCGUAACCACAUGCGACGAAGGCAUCGCGAGAAAAGUUUGUACCGUUACACCACACAAGGUAAAUCCUUUGAUGGAUGACAUGUGCUGGACAAUAAUCAAGCAACAAAGUGACUUCGAAUACAUACCCUACUCUCACAAACAAGAGUUAGAGCGGAUUGGUCUGCAGAUUGCAAGUAAGUGUGGGGGUCUACCAUUAGCUGCUCAGGUACUUGGGCGCAAUCUAUGCAAUCAAGAUUCUAAAAGUUGGGCAGAGAAAAUGAAAGGAGAUAUCUGGAGUACUAUGAGAAGCAACAAGGAUGUUAUCCGGUCUUUGGUGUUAAGCUACAGAAGUAUGCCACCAGAUUUGAGAUUAUGCUUUGCUUAUUGUGCCAUCUUUCAGCAGGGUUACAUUGCAGUCAAAGAUGACAUCAUUCACCAAUGGAUUGCCCUCGGUCUUGUUGAACGAUCCAACACUCUCUCUGUCACACAGGUAGCUGAGGAGUAUAUUAGGAGGCUUCUGGACAUAUCAUUCCUUCAAACUGCAGAGUCGGCAGCUUCGACUAGCGGAAAUGGUGAUACGGGUGCAAUCUUGUUGACUAUGCACGAAAUGGUGCACGCCCUCGCAAGAUCACUUACUGGCGAACUCAUUGUUCUGGAUGAUAGAAUGGGUACAUCUGAUCAGGAUAACUGUUGCCGCUAUGCACUGCUUACUGAUUUUGGCGCCAAAUUAUCCAGUAGAUUGCCUAACCAGUUAAGGGCGCUACAUUGUGUGGGCUAUAGCAAAAUAAACGUCGGCGAUGAUGCAUUUUCAUUUACCAGGUGCCUGCGCGUCUUGCAUCUAAACGAGUGCUCCAUGCAGAAGCUACCAGAUUCUGUCUGUCAACUGAGGCAGUUGGGGUAUCUUAAUUUAUCAGGUUGCUCUUGGCUAAUGACACUACCAGAAUCAUUUGGGGGUCUAUUAAACCUACGGUAUAUCAAUUUAUCACGCUGCUCUCGGCUAAUGACUUUACCAGAAUCAUUUGGGGCUCUAUUAAACCUACGGUAUAUCAAUUUAUCAGGCUGCUCUCAGCUAAUGACUCUGCCAGAAUCAUUUGGGGGUCUAUUAAACCUAUGGUAUAUCAAUUUAUCACGCUGCAAUAGACUUGCAGAACUGCCGGAAUCAUUUGGAAAGCUAAAAAGUUUGACUUAUCUGGACUUAUCAUUCUGGUGCUGUUGUGAAGGGAUCUGGUUUCUUGGUGGCCUUACCAGUCUCGAGCAUUUGAACUUGUCACACCCAUGCUGCUAUCUUCCUCAACACCGGGAACAUCUGGUAGGGCUAAAAGAUGUAUUGUGCAAGCUCGUCAAUCUCCAGUAUUUGAACUUAUCCAUGUGCAUGAAUCCAAUCUUUUGCUACCUGUCAGAAGAGGAAUGCCGUCAAUACAUACAAUCAUGCACUAGUGGCCUUUCCAAUCUGCAGCAUCUGGACUUGUCUCAUAACAUAUUUCUUGAUGGUCUACCUGAAAGUCUAGGUGAGCUCCAGAAGCUGCAUACACUGGAUCUCACAGGCUGCACUAGACUGGAAAGCGUAGCCAAUGAAAGUGACUCUUUGAACCUGGUAGUUAUUAGGAAUUGCCGGGGUCUGGAAAGUUGCUCUUUCGUGGUUCGCACUGAUGACGGAAGGUUUAGCAGCAACCUUGUUCAGCUCGAGAAUGUAAACUGCCAAGAUCUUGAGAUAACUUGUCUUGAGAAGGUAAAGUCUAGAGAGGAAGCCCAAAGGAUAAGGCUAGUGGAGAAAAGAAAUGUCAAAGAGUUGACACUUGGAUGGACCGUGGGCUCUCAUGGAUCUGUGGAGAACGAUGCUAAUUUGUUAGGAGAGCUGAAGCCACCACAUGAUCUGCAGCGCCUUAAGCUGCACGGCUAUCGGGCCACAUGCCUCCCGGACUGGAUGUUGAGCAUCUCUUCCUAUCUCCCUAAUCUUAAGAAGGUCACGAUGGAGGACUUCCUGAGGUGCAAGAAGCUGCCACCAUUCGGUCAAUUACCAAACCUGCAAAGUCUGGUUCUCAGAAGGAUGUCCAGCAUCACAAGAAUCGAUGCUGGUGAGCUCAGUGGCAAUGACACAGCAGCAGCUGAACUCAAACCACUCUCCGAAUUCACCAUUGAAGAUAUGGAAAACCUGGGAGAGUUCAACAGCACAUAUUACAGUGCUAGCGGUGAGCGGGUCAUGUUCCGCGCCAUUGAUAAAUUGGUGAUGCGUAAAUGUUCCAAGUUGAGCUUUCGGUCUCUCCCGCCUAGAGCUCGGAGGUUAGAGAUAUCAGACUGCGCCCAAGUGCUGUCUUCUUCGAGGUUACUGCUAUCAGAUUCCAACGAAGUGAUUGCAUUGCAGAGGACUGCAGGAGGUGCUCCAGUAGCUGAACUGGUAAUCCACGGCAGCAUAGCUGACUGGAGUUUGUUUCGCUACCUUGCUGGCCUCCAGACGCUGUCUAUCUCUCAAUGUGAGGGCAUGACCUCACUGCCACAAGACAUGAAUCACCUCAACUCUCUCCAAGACUUGAAGAUUGUGUGUUGCAAACAGCUGAAGUCAUUUCCAGACAGCAUGAAGCACCUCACCUCCCUCCACUCAAUUCAUUUGACUGAGUGCGACAGCAUUAAAAAACUUCCCACAUGGUUCGGAUGCCUCACCUCUCUUCAGGAACUCUGCAUUUGUAAGUGCCGUGUCCUUAAAUAUUUGCCACGGGGCAUAAAAGGACUCGACAACCUCAAGAAUCUGCAAAUUAUCGAAUGUCCAAGAUUGGAGAACUGGUGUAAGGAGAACAAGAAGAAGUUGGGACGCAUUCAACCAACAUACGGGUGCACUUCCAUUUUCUCAGAUGAGGAUCCAGGUUCUUGUUCUGUAAUGUAACGCUUGACACUUCUUUUGAGGUGCACAUUGAGCCAAGAGUUGCAAUUUCCUUUUUAGAAAUGAUGGUAGAUCCACUCAACGAAGUUUUACACAAUUCAUAGGCUUGAUAUAUUUGCAUAAACAUGCUGCCCAUUACAAUGCUCACUUAUGUGUGUCGGAAUUGAAGUGUGAAAAGAGUAAAGUACUGCUUGGCACAUUAUGUGGCCACUCCCAGCAGAACCCUAUGCCACUGAAAUGACCACAAAUGUUGUAGUAUGAUCCUUGCUGGUGGAGAAGGGAGAGACAUGCGCUGGUAUGAUCUUCCGUGCACAUUGUGGAAAAGUAAUUUUCGUGCCUAUGCGAGUA